AUGAAAGCCCUUUGUGCAAGCCGCUUGUCUGGUUUUUCAUCUCUCUUCAGAGGAACUCUUUGCAUCAAGAGGAAGAGAGCUCACAACUCCUGAGAUCAGGGACAUCCUUAUUCCUUAUAUUGAAUCUCUUCUUGUAGAGCAUGGAAACAGUGUCGUAAAUUUAGUGGAGAACUUUCCUAAUACACCUGUCAAAGACAAGCCAACUGUGUCAGUCUGUCAACGCCAUUCAGCCACGGGGUAACCCUGAGAAGCCAAAAGGGGUCUCUAAUGCACCUGUCAGAGAAAAGGCAGCAGCAUCAGUUUCUCAAUCCUUUUCUGCUCCCCUUGACUCAAAGAAGCCCAAAGGUGCUCUCUAAUGGACUUGGUGAAGAAAAGCCAGCAACGUCAGUUUUCAAUCUGGUUCUGCUCUUGACUCUAAAAAGCCAAAAUCUGUCUCUUGAAUGAUUGAGGUUGGUGCAGUUGGAGAUUUACGCCCUCAAUUCCUCUACCUCUUAGAGCUUGGCAUGGAUCUUGAGCAGAUAAAGAUAAUUACACGCAGGUAUCCUGAUUUUGACUACUGCAGCUUGGAGAGGAAAAUCAAACCAGUAGUUGAGUUUCUUCUUGAUCUUGGGGUACGUAAAUCAGACAUUCCUUAAAUCCUCAUCCAAAGGCCUUCAUUGUGCUCAGUUAGUCUAUCUGAAAAUCUAAUACCGACCAUGAUGUUCUUAGAAGAUUUGGGUGUGGACAAGGAGCAGUGGGCGAAAGUUAUAUACCGCUUCCCAGGACUCCUCACUUAUAGCAGGCAGAAGGUUCAGGUAAUUGUUGAUUUCCUCUACGAGUCGGGCCUAUCAUCCGAGAAUAUAGGUAAAAUCUUGACUCCAUGGCCAAUUAUCGUUAGUUACAGCGUGGAGAAGAAUCUACGACCAACAGUUGAGUACUUCCGUUCAUUAGGGGUGGAUGUCUCCGUGCUUCUUCGAAAAUCAGCACAGACUCUUGGUUGUAAUAUGGAAGGCAAUCUGAAGCCUGUGGCUGAAUUCUUCUUGGCAAAGGGGUAUAGCAUGGAAGAAAUUCGGACCAUGAUUUUGAGAUAUGCAGGUCUAUAUUCUUGUAGUUUGACAGAUAACUUGAUACCAAAAUGGGAGUUCUAUUUGACCAUGGGAUAUGAAAAAUCUGAGCUGGUUAAGUUCCCUCAAUAUUUUAGUUACAGUUUGGAGCAGAGAAUAAGGCCAAGAUAUGUGCUUGUAGAGGAGUCAGGAGUGAAAAUGCUGCUCACCCAAAUGCUACCUCUGUCAGACUGUGACUUUGAGAAAGUUUUGACGGUGAAAAUACUGAAAAUGGUUACCACCACAUGACUCCUCGCUACCAGAGGAACUUACAUAAGACAGUCUCACCAUAUCACCAAACUGACAUAUGAGAAACUAUCAAGUUAAGAUAUUUGAUGCAGAACAUUCCAGUGGUACACUUGUUGAUAGACAAUUAAUCU